AAAUGGAACAGCGGAAGUUCGCAGGAGAAGUCGUAAUUUACAUAUUUUCCGAGGUGAACGACAGAAAAUGGCGACAGGAAAAUAAAGACGCCUAUAUAUUCUCUGCAUUAUGGACCAGAAACAAGAAUAAUGUAGAUGAUUUGAAAAUGGAAAGUCAACACCAGUAAGGUUGUGCCUGAGUUAAACCCACCGAAGAUGGAGGCCAUCAAGAUGAACAUUGUUAUUGUUGCAGCAUGUACGAUGUUGGUUAGCUCAUGGGUGUAUGGAAUGGAACUGAAACUUAUCCAGCACAGUUGUCCGUCUAAUUGUACUUGUGAUAUAAAGGAAUAUUCUAUUAUAUGUGUUGUAAAUGAUCAAUCAAGUAUAAAUGAUUUAAAUGGCUAUUUUAAUACACACCCAAUCACUUCUUUUGCAAUUCAUAAAAGUGCUCCCGUUUCUGCUAUGCUCAAAUUACCAGUGGAACGAGUGCAGAAGUUGAACAUUUCGGAUAAUAUGAUUCAAGUUCUUCCAUCCAAUAUAUUUUCCAGAUUUCAGAAGAUUAGAGUACUAGAUAUAAGUUUUAAUUAUAUAGAUACUAUAGAAGAAAGUGCCUUUGAAAGUAUAAGUGAUCAUAUUAAUGCCUUAGAUAUGGGUUAUAAUAAACUUGGCACCAUUCCAUCUUAUGCAUUCCAGUCAAUGAAUAAUUUACGAUUUCUAGAUUUGAAUAACAAUCGUUUGGAGUUUAUACCCCCUGAUGCAUUUAAUGGGCUCAUUAAUUUGGAAACCCUCGAUUUAAGUUUUAAUAGACUCUCGUUUUUAUCGUCCACACACUUUGCAAAUCUGGUUAAUUUGACGACAUUGCUUCUUCACAACAACAUAUUCCGUACAUUCCACCAAGAUGUUUUGCCCAGUCUUUCAAAUAUUCAGUCAGUGGAUAUGUCUUUCAAUCCAUUUGAAUGCUCUUGUGCUAUUAGUUCUUUUAUUACUACAGUGAAGAAUAGUACCAGUUUUAUUCACUUGGACGACACAACUUGCAACUCGCCUACAAAUUUAAAAAGAAGACUUCUCUUAGAUGUUGAUGUUGAAUAUUUGAAUUGCAGCCAUCCAAGUAUCGCCUAUUUAUCCCCAGAUACAAGUAUAAUAAAUCAAGGAGAUUUGUAUUUAUCAUGUCAAGUGGUAGGCUACCCGAAUCCCUCCAUUAUUUGGGUGACACCGUGGGGUGAAUCCUUUUCGCAUCACACCUACCACCAUCUUAUCGGUGAUGACGCAACUGAUUACAAUAUUCAAAAUUCAUACCUAGGAGAAAAACAAUUCUUUUCCUCUCGUGUUCAUGUUUUAGAAAACGGAACCCUGCACAUUAAUAAAUUUCGAGGAUACUUUGCAGGAAAUUUUACUUGUCUUGCAAUUACACCAAUUGGUAAUGUCUCGGCAACUGUGAAAGUUGAUAUUUUUUCUACAUUCCGCAUUGUAUAUAUUACAAGCCUUAUCAUUGGUGGAAUGACUGCUGCAGGAUUUGCGGUGGUUGGUAUCAUCAUUGGUAUUAUUUUGACCCUUGUUAGGCGUGUCUGUUGUCGAAGUAGAUUCAUGGAAGAAGAAAAGAUCGAAAAAGUACCAGAAAUCGUUAUUAUUACUACUAGCAGUAAUGAAAAUGUUUCCUGUAACACUGAAAAGGAUGAGUUAGAUGAGGGUGAUGAUGAUGAUGAUGAUGAUGAUUCAUCAGCAGAUACUCCAUUGGCUUCAUCGUACGUCAGUAGUACUUUAACCGACUCGCCGAAAAAAUAUCACAGUCCACUUUCGGAGAGUCCACCCCAAGGCUGGCUAGCAUCCAACAUGAUCGAAACUUUGGAUGAAGUAAGAAGCAAACUCAGAUAUGGAGUUGAGAGAAAGAUGGAAACUGUUCGAAGUCAUGCCAAGGCCAUCAAAGACAGCGGUGAAAAGAGGAUAGAGAAUGUGCGGAAAAACGUCAAAACUAUGAAAGAUACUAGCGAAAAGAAAAUCGAGACAAUUCGAACAAAUGUCAAAUCUUUCAAAGACAGUGGUACAGUUUAUAUGCAGAGUAUCAAAGAUACCAGUAGCCAUGCUGCCAAUAAGGUUCGCGCUGGAGUGGUUUUAUCCGUAGAAACGGUUAAAUAUACUGUCCAAUCAAUGAAAGAGAUGUGUGGUACUGGAGAAAUGGGUGGACAAACCAUAUCAAUGAUGUCCGUAGAAACAGACAUAGAUUCCAAUGAAUCAAAAGAAAUUGUUAGAUCAGUUACAUUUGUGUGAAUGAUCGAAUGAAUAUAUGAAUAUUUUAUAGUGUAUAAGGUUAUAAUAUAUACAUGUAUGACUUAUCACAAUUGAUAAGAUUGUAAAAGUAUUUAUGUAGACUUUUAUUUUACAUAUCUUCAAUAAUAUUGUAUGAUAUACAAAUAUUGUACCAUGUAGAUUUAGAGAAGCCUUUAAUUACUAUUUUAAUACUAAAUAAGCUUAUCCAUAAUUUUUAUUUGCAAGACUAAACCCACUGUGUAACGUACCAGUAUGCUGUAAUUAGAGCUGUGUAUGGCGACUGAAAACCGUAUUGUGAUAUCUCAAAAUAUAUUGCAAUACAAGGAGAGAAGUAGGCCUACGUAGUAUUAUAUUGUUCACACUCAGUAUGAUCAAUAUUUUUGUAAUUUAGCAUUUAAUUCACUGUUUAUUAAUGCCCAACUGAGAAUAUUUGUGUUCAGGCUUUUGCCAUUCCAGAUGGACAUGUCCGGCAUAUAUGGGAUAUAAGGACAAAAUAGAAUAACUGUUGUAUUGCAAAAUAUUGUGAGAUCCAUUUUUCCAUAGAAACCAUAUCUUUAUGCAAUGAGCAAUUUUGGAUAUAUAUCUGGACAUUAAAAAAAUGAUUUUUAUUGUUAUUGCAGAAUACAGUACUACAUAAAUAAAGGUCUUAAAAAUUUCUAUAUUUUAUAAAAAUUCUGGCUAUGUUUUUAUGUAUUUAAUGAAAUUAUAUGAAAAAGGAUCUGUUUAGAAUAGAUAUAAUUAAAUUAAAGAAAAAACCCCAGCAAAUAUAGGCUAUUUGGAAACUAAGUGAAAGUACAUGUAGAGUGAAAAUAUUAAUAUGCCAAAUUUUGUAUUGCAAUAUAUCGGGUUUCUUUGACAGCCACACAGCUGCAAUGUACAAAGUUUGUACAUAAACCAAUAACUACAUUGUGAUAAUUGUGAUACAGAAUUGAUUUAAAUGAAUAUACCAAAAUACAUUGUAUUAGACUGAAUAUACAUGUACCAGGAUACAUUAUAUUACUAUUAGAUUGAAUAUACCAGGAUACAUUAUAUUACAUGUAGACUGAAUAUACCAUGAUACAUCUGAAUAUAUCAGAAUACAUCGUAUUAGACUGAAUGUACCAGAAUCAAUUAUAUUAGACUGAAUAUACCAGGAUACAUUAUAUUACAUGUAGACUGAAUGUACCAGGAUACAUUAUAUUAGACUGAAUAUACCAAGAUACAUUAUAUUACAUGUAGACGGAAUAUACCAGGAUACAUUAUAUAAGACUGAAAAUACAAGGAUACAUUGUAUUAAACUGUGUAUACCAGGAUACAUUACAUGUAUAUUAAACUGAAUAUACAAGAAUACAUUGUAUAAGAUUUAUUGAAUUAAUAGAGAAAUAGGGUUUAACAUCCUGAUUUAAUAUGGUUACCCAGAUGUUAAAAUUUGCUAUAAGCACUAUGAUAGGUGCUAUAGAUAAUCUUAUGUAGAUUGUAUUCAUCAUUCAAGGGUGUGUGUUGAGAUGUCUUGGUUAUGGGUAUGUAAAUAUGAAAAUAUAUUCUUUUUGCAAGAUAUGGUUAAAUGUUUUUUAAUGUGGCUAUGAGUCUAUUUAAGCUAGAAUAAUUUGUUAUUAUAAAUAAUAUUUUAUUAAUAAUUGAUAAACAUGCAUAUUAAUUUAGAAAUUGUAAAGGUUGAAUAUUGCCCAUUGUAUAUCUCUAUAUAGCGAAAAUCUAUUUUGGUUGCUAAUUAAUCUAAGAAUUAUUAUCAUUAUUAUUUAUCUUCUAUAGCGCUUCAUUAUAUUCAGUGAUAUAUAAGCGCUUAACAAAUGUCACAUCACAGUUUGUAAUAAUAUAUAAACAAGUGUGUUUUUAACUCUGAUUUAAAUUUUAACAAAACUUGAACUUUCUCUAAUUGUUUUUGGUAGAGUUUACAAACAUAUUUGAGAAGUGUGGAAAUUUGUAAGAUUCAAUAUAGUUGUAGAUGACCAUAACAUUGUACAUGUACAUUAUAACUCCAUGCUAAGACUAAAAUGGUUUGCUUUCCUAAAUUACUAACAAUACAGGGUUUGACAGUUGACAAUGCAUUAUACCAUCAUCAUCUCCAAAUUAUUAAGGCAUACAUACACAUUAAGCCUUUUAAAGAGAGAAAUCCAACACCCCACUUGAAGUUGAAGUCAAUUUUUAUAAUGAAUUAAUAGGAUCACAGUGUGAUUCAAUUUCAUUGAUGCAAAGCAUUAAUUGUGAAAUCACAUAUGUCUUCAUUGUCUUGCACUUUGAAUGCCCAUCCCAUCCCACCAUCUGAUUUUAAAGGAUAAAGCACAUGACCCUUACACUUUUCUCAUAAACCCCACUUCCUCAACCCCUUAAAACCACAGUCUGGAUCCGCCCCUGCAAUAUUGCUAUUUUAAUCCUCCAAAUUAAUUAGACCUAAAUGUAUCAAAAUAUUGUAUUAAAUAAAAAGAAAUAGUAGAUGACUGCCACAAAAGCAAAAUACAUUAUUUCCAAGUAGUUUGAAGUCGUCUAGAGUUCUAGGUCCAUGUAUGAAGUCUCUAAGCUCAAUUUUCUUGUGCAGUUACUAAACCUUGCCUACUUACUUUAGAAAAUCAGAUGCCAUUGCUAUGUUCAAUUAGCUUAUCACUUUUAUAUAUAUUAUGAUUGUCAUUACUUGUAUGUUCUUGUUUUUAUUUUCCAUCGUGUAUUUUAGUAUAUAAAUGUCUAGAUGAUUGUUUAGUGAUCUCUUUGUAUUCUCAGGUAAAGUUUUCAAAAUGAGCAAAAAUAACAUCAUUAAAAUCAAAUAGUUCUAAUCUGUGCAUUGUUACACAUGUAGACAACAUUAUAAAACAUGCAUGCUUAAAGAUGCCUUUCUAUGUUCAAACUAUAUGGGGGUUGAAUGGCCGAAUGGUUAGUGUUUGCGCGCUGUAUCAUAAGGUCUGUCAUUGAGUCAACUGUGGUAGUUUCAAUUCCCCGGUUGUAUGUGACAAGGAGUAGGGUUGCCUGUCCAACCUCGUGGGUUUUCUCCAGGAGCUUCGACUGCUAAAGACCCCUAUGUGCAAGGGAAUUAUUGAAAUAAAAUUGAACCAUGUGUUAGUCCCGAAAUGACCUAUUUUGUGUUGAGUGGACAGCCUUGUUUGUCACAUGACUUCGACUUAGGGAGAAUCCAUUUCUAGCUUGUAAUUGUUGUUACUUGUUGUUCAUUUAUCAUAGCCUAAGUAAUUUCUUGGAUCAUCUUGUGCCUACAUCUUUUUCCGUGGUGGUUUAACCACACAAUCUGUUGUAUGUUUAAGUCUCGAGCUGUUCUCACAAUUGCUGGCUAUUCGAUCAUUAUGCACUCCAUGGGUAUCGGGUUAUAUAAAAAAUGUUAUUGGAUUCUUCAUAAAUAACUAACAGUUUAUUAGUCAUUUUGAUUACUUUUUUUAUGAGGCUUUGAUCAAACGUUAUGACUGUUCUGCCCAUAUUUGGGGUCAAGGUCGUUUCAUUUAUAACUCCUAUAGACAAGCCUGCACUACCUAUAAGUUCAGCUUGUAUUAUUUUGUAUAUGAUGAGCAAUAUUAUAUUAAUGUUUCAUAUCUAUGCACAUAUUUAUGUUAUUAAUGUCAAUAUAUGUAUGACUUGAAUGCAGUCUUAUUUAAACAAAGGUCUUCUCAGACUUUGUCAUGUCCAUUUAUUAAAAUGGGUUCGUCCGUCUGUCUGUCUGUCUGUUCAAACUUGGCAUAGGUGUUUAUUAGGUCAAUGCCUUGAUGGAGUAUGAAGAUGAGCAUUUUUUGCUUAGGGUAAGUAGAGAUAAGCAAUUUGAUUGGUUGAUGCUUUGGGACACGAUAACUUUAGUUCCAAUUAAGUGAAAGUGAUGAAACUUGGUGUAUAGUUUCAUUACAUCAAUACCUUGACUAAGUUCGAUAUUGAGCAUUUUCUGCUGAGGGUAAGCAAUUUAAUUGGCCGAGACUUUGGAACACAAUAACUCUCCUUCUAAUUGAGCUAGACUGUUCAAACUUGGUGUAGGUGUUUAUGAGGUCAAUGCCUUGAUAGAGUGCGAAGAUGAGCAUUUUCUGCUUAUGGUAAGUAGAGAUAAGCAAUUUGAUUGGUUGAUGCUUUGGGACAUGAUAACUUUAGUUCUAAUUAAGUGAGAGUGAUGAAACUUGGUGUAUAGUUUCAUUACAUCAAUACCUUGCCUAAGUUCGAUGAUGAGAAUUGUCUGCUUAGGCUAAGGAGCAAUAAGCAUUUUGAUUGGUCAAGACUUUGGAACAUAACAACUCUGCUUCUAACUUGUUGUUGAUGUUCGUCUUGACCGAAUUCAAUGAUUAACAUAUCGAGCUAAAGCUAAGCAGAGAUAAGCAAUUUCCUUGGUCGAUGCUUUGGGACAAGAUAACUUUGAUUCUAUCUGAUAGAGAGUGAUGAAACUUAGUGUAUAGUUGAUAAUCAGUUUGACUGCUUGAUACUUUUGAAAAAAAUAGAUGUGCGAUUAAUUAAUGUGUCAUCUAUUUAUUUGGGGAUUUCGGCGGGGGACAUCAGCCUCACUGUUGGCUUGUUUUUAUUUUUGGGGCUGUACUAUGGCAGAAUAAUGUACAUAGUUUUAAGCUCAUUUUGUCCCAACAUGUAACAAUCUGGUUAAAACACAGAUCCUAUUUCGUUUCGUUUUUAUAGUUCAAAAUUUCGUUUUACUUGUCUUUACUACACUAGUAUCUGGAAGAGUUGUUAUCAUUGACGUAUUCUGGAUGGUGUGAGGGAUUAGCCAAUAAAACGGUCUGUUACGGCGAGCUUUAGGCAUGUUUUGCACGGAACUCUGGGUAGUCCACUUGUAACAUCAAUGCUGAUUGGUUAAUCAAAUGUCUGAUGUCAUAGGGUCAAAAGCCACUCGUAUGACCUCUGACGCAACCUUUCACUACAACCGGUAAGAUCUUGAUGUAGUGUAGGCCAUCGAAAGUAUAAAAAACGUAACGAAAUAUAGAUCUGUAUUUUAAUCAGAUUGAACAUGUAAGUAAAUUGUGAAUAUUUUUAUACGCACUGAAACAGAAUUAUCAGUUGAUGACUGUAUAAUUAGGCCACAGCAAUUUGUUUUUCUGUUCUUGGGGGAACACCUGUUGUAGUUCUUCUUACUUCUUGAGGUAAACGGGGGUGUUGGAUGGUCCAAUGGUUAGCAUGUGCGUAGGACUAGGGUCGCCUGUCCAACCUCCUGGGUUUUCUCCGGGACCUCUGGUUUCCUCCCACUGCUGAAGACCCCUAUGCGCAAGGGAAUUAUUGAAAUAAAAUUUAACCAUGUGUUAGUCCCAAAAUGACCUAUUUUGUGUCUAUGGAUGUUAAACCCCAUUUCUCUCUCUCUUUCUCUUGGGGUAAACUACUAAUUAAAAAACCAAAAUGUACAUAGAAUUCAAAAGCUUUUAGUUCCAAAUUGAUUGAGUUUUGAAUUUUAAACAAAACAUCUUUUGUGUGACUCAAGUGGCUGUCAAUCUGAUUAAAACACAGAUCCAAUUUCGUUUCGUUUUUAUAGUUCAAAAUUUCGAUUUUACUUGUCUUUACAUGUAGUGUAGGCCAUCGAAAGUAUAAAAAACGAAACGAAAUAUAGAUCUAUAUUUUAAUUAGAUUGAGUGGCUGUUUACUUUUCAAGACCCUGAAGAACUGAAAUUGGUUUGGCCUGACAAUGAAAUACUGAAUGAUGGAGAUAUAUUUUAUAAGUUCGAUCAGUUGAUUACUGUAUAUUAACAAUGGAAUACUGAAUGAUGGAGAUAUAUUUUAAAAAUAUGAUCUCACAAUAACUUAACUGUAUACAUGUAUAUAUUUAAUAAUAAUAAAAACAAUUUUAACUAAA